UUGUGUCGGUAACGUUAGCACGGUCGGGCUAUUGUUUUUUUUUCCGCGCGCUGCCUUUUCGGAAAUAAACAAAGGCACAUGGUUCUUUAAAACACGAUAAGCGUGUUUUCCCCGAUUUAGUGGGACAGCCAUACUGCUAAGUGAUAUUAGGAUUUUUGUUUGUUUAAAACCUUUCCAGUCAAUUACGACUAUUUAACCCGGCGGCGAAGUUUGUGUGGAUAGCUGGGAGUAGAGGCAAGCCAUGGACAAUGGAGACGAGGGGUUGGACCCCAUCACUCCCCUGGUCUUCCUGUCCUUCCUCCAGCACCAGAGCGGCAGAAACGAGGAGCUGACGAGCGAGCUGGACGCCUUGGCGCGGCAGCUGAAACUGACCACGGACAUCAACUGCAACGGUGUGGACGGUGAUGCCGAGGAGGACGGAGAGCUGCAGACGGACGGACACCUCUGCUACAACCCCCGGGACCACGUCAGGGACCUGCAGCCCGCUUGGCCAGCAGAUGAGGACGUCCUAAGAAACGUGGCAGCAGGACUCAUUGAGAUUGCUGACCAGCUGGAGAACAGGAUGGUUGCCCAAGCUGCUGAGAACCUGAUCAAUAAGCUGCAGGGCUCCCCUUUGCAGCACUGGCAGACACACCUGUCGGCGGAGGUGGACCGGAUGCUGAAGGCGGGCCUGGAUCCCUGGCUGGAGCAGCUGCCGCACGAGCGCGUGGUGCUGGUCCUCACCAUGACGCUGGUGAAGAGGGCGUGCGAGCACAUGCCGCGCCUGCUGCAGGGCCUCUUCAGCUCCGCGCUGCAGUGCAUGGCCACCCUUACAGCCAGGUGACUCCCACAGUGUUGGGUUUUCACUGCCAGCAAGAAGACUUUGCUCACCUGCAGUUCAGCCAGAUAGGUGAUCUGGAGUGGCCGUUUCAUGAGCUUAAAACACCUCCUCUUUAUUGUUGCUCUGAGAAGACUGAAUCUUGUUGAAAUUGU